AUGGCACAAAAUGAGAAUAUAACAAUCUCUGCAUUUCCACCACCACCUCCUUUUUAUAAAUUAUAUUUAAAUUAUCAAGCACCAUCUUCGACGUCUUCUACACCUCCGCAUCCAAGCGUUGCUGCACAAAAUGCAAAGAAUGACGAUGCCAAAUUUAGUGUACCUGCACCACCAACCAGAUCACCAUCAUCCUUAUCAGUCUCACCACAAUUGAACUCUGCACAAGCUACAACAACAUCACCUACAACUACUACUACCACAACUACAACUAGUAGUAGUAGUAUACAAUUACAACCAUUAUUACCACCACUACCACCAAAGAAAGGUAGUACCUUUCAGAUGUUUGGUCAACACUACUCAACUACCGAUGUACUGCCUUCACUGACAGAGAUGGGUGUCGAACAACUCUAUCCAAACGGCGAUAUCGAUCCGAUCAAAGAACUGAAGCGAUUGAACCGUUCGAUCGUAUUCAACUACCUACAACUACUGGAGACACUCGUAGAGAAUCCCUCGGAAUAUAAAACCAAAGUAGAUGAUAUCUCGUUGCUCUUUGUCAAUUUUCAUCAUCUACUGAACAGCUAUCGUCCACACCAAGCCAGAGAAACUCUUAUAUCAAUCAUGACAGAACAAAUUAAACAAAAGAGAGAAUCAAUUACAAAGAUAAAUAAUACAAUAAAUUCAUGUAAAGAAAUAUUAAAAAAGACAUUACAAACAGUUAAUACCGAAGAGAUAGCAAAACUUAAACAACAUGUAAAACAACUACAGGAAAUACAGUAUAUAGGAUCUACAACAGAACAAUCAAUUAUACAAUCACCAUCUACAACACCUUUAUUAGCACAAACAUCACCUAUAACUACUACCACAACAACAACGACAACAACUACAACCAAUGCCACAAUCAUAAGUAGCUCUACUUCAACAACAACAACAACAACAACAAGUAAUAAUAAUAAUAAUAAUGAUCAAUGGAUUAAUGAUUAUCUUCAAAAACUAUCAUUGAUAUCAAAGAAUUAA